AUGAAGUUGUCAUGGACGGUUGUAUCUACGCUGGCCGCUCUCACCUCGGCGCGGCCUCAGGAGCAGGACGCGAGGACCUGGAGUCACCUCCGAUCCAACAUCAAACAUGUUGUCUACCUGAUGAUGGAGAACCACUCCUUUGACAACAUCGCCGGCUAUUGGGAUUUCCACCCGGACAUCGACAACCUGCGCAAUAUCAAAUACUGCAACGAGUACACCAACCGCAACUGGACGGUGUGGGACGAGCCGCUGGAGAUCUGCGCCUCUCCAUACGAGACAGAAGUGCCGCUGGAGGACCCGGACCACGAGUUUGCCGGGGUCACAUAUGAGAUCUACCGCAAGUGGAAUGCCACCAACGACGAUGUGCCCAACAUGGGCGGCUUCGUCGAACGGCAGUCGGACAAGUACCACUCGUCGCCAGGAGAGUCGGGGUUUGUUAUCAAGGCGUAUGAUACGAAGAAGUCGGCUACGCUGGCGGAGAUUGGCGAGAACUUUGCGUUCUUCGACUCUUAUUUCGCCGAACACCCCGGGCCCACGAACCCCAAUCGCCAAUUUGCGACGUCGGGGUCUACCUGCGGGAUGGUGGAUAACGGCAACCAGGCCGCGGGUUUCUUCCACAACGUGACGGGGACGACGUGCGCGAAGUCCAUCUUUGAGUCUCUGAGCGAGAGGGGGAUCAGCUGGAAGAACUAUUAUGAGACGGACAUUAUAGAUGGUUGGAUGUACAAGUGGGUACAAGACAACGCCCAAGACCACCUCGCGCACGCAGACGAGUUCUAUAGCGACCUAGAGGAGGGCACCCUGCCCACUUUCUCUUAUAUCAACCCAGAGUGCUGCACAGUCGACUCGAUGCACCCGACGAGCAACAUGGCAGCGGGCGAGCAGAUGAUCAAGCAUUUGUACGACGCGGUGCGGCGUUCAAAGUACUGGGACAAUGAAAUAUCUCACAAUGCUAACGAAGAACUCAGUCUGAUCAUUAUCAACUUCGACGAGCACGGGGGAUUCGCCGACCACGUUCCCCCACCCGCGAACGUGCCACAACCCGAAGACGGCAUCACUUUUGACGGGAAGUCGGAAGGCCGCGACGUGACCUAUGACUUUACCCGACUGGGAGUGCGUGUCCCCGCCUUCUUAAUAUCCCCCUACAUCAAAGCCAACACGCUCAUCCACGACGCGGGCACAAUGUACGCUUCCGACUCCGCCUACACGCACACCUCAAUCCUACACUUCCUGCAAGAACUCUGGGGCCUGAAGGGUCUGAACAACCGGGUACAGUGGGCCAAGACAUUCGAGCACGUAUUCUCCAGAAAGAAGCGAUACGAUACGCCGAUGAAGUUGAAAACGCCGCGCUGGUACGGGAGUAGCUGGGAGCCGAAGCCGGAGCCGUUUUACCUGUUGAAUCAGGAUGAGGAGUAUUAUGCUCGGCGGAAGUUGCUUGAGAAGCAAGAAUAG